CUCAAACAGGCUGAGCCACAUCCUUGAUGAGCACCUGGGCUUUGUGGCGUUUUCCUGCACCACUGACUAGAACAUGCACAGCACCACAGGGACUUGGGCUGUGGGAGAUGCUGGCACUGCUGUCCCUAGGAAUGGGCCCCACUACAGUGCAAGUGGCAGGCAAGAAGGGCUGCUCAGUGCUGCAUUCCCUGGAUGAGAAUGAACUGGAAGAGCAGUUUGUGAAGGGACAUGGUCCAGGGGGCCAAGCCACCAACAAAACCAGCAACUGUGUGGUGCUGAAGCACAUGCCUUCCGGUAUCGUGGUCAAGUGCCACCAGACAAGAUCUGUUGAUCAAAACAGAAAGCUAGCUCGGAAAAUCCUACAAGAAAAAGUGGAUGUUUUCUACAAUGGUGAAAAGAGCCUUGUUCACAAAGAAAAACGAGAGACAGAGAAGAAAAAGCAAGAAAGGAAAAAAAGAGCAAAGGAAAUUCUAGAAAAAAGAAAUUACUGA